UUUAGAUUUGAUCUUCAUAUAUGAGUAUAUCUUACAAUGAAACAGUCUCAUAUAAAAUUUGCUUUUUAGUGCAGUGCAUGGGAGUUAAGCUACCUAGUAAACCACUAUAAAGCUCUUAUAUCAUCCCAACUUCCCAAGAUUCUCCAAAGAUCUUCCCUUCUUCCUUUGUUCCUACCAAGUAAUAUAGAUGGCUCCAGUAUUGAUAACAGAGAAGAGAUCAAUAGGGAAAAUAGACAUAGAUGAUGUACAAGAAGUUGGGAAGAGGCAAACCACAAGAAUCCCAAAUAGAUUUGUUAGGGACAUCCAUGAAAGACCACUUAUUAUCCCUGAUCAUGAUUCCUCUCAUCACCAAAUCCCAAUCAUUGAUCUUUCAAAGAUUUCUUCUAGGGCUCAACUCCUUCAGUUAUCAGCCGCUUGUCAAGACUGGGGUUUUUUUCAGGUGAUAAAUCAUGGAAUUGACACAACAAUAAUGGAGAAAAUAGAGGAAAAAGCCAUGGAAUUUUUUAUGUUGUCUCACCAAGAAAAACAAAAGUAUGCAAUGAAAGCAGGAACAGUUCAAGGAUAUGGUCAAGCUUUUGUUUUCUCUGAGCACCAGAAAUUAGAUUGGUGUAACAUGUUUGCUCUUGGCGUCCACCCACAUUCUAUUAGGAACCAAGCUCUUUGGUCCAUUAACAACCCACUAAAUUUCAGUGAAACCGUUGAGACAUACGCCAACGAAAUAAGAGGAGUAUGUGAGAAGCUAAUGAGGUGCAUAGCAAUGAGCCUAGGGUUGAGAGAAGAGAGGUUUAAAGAAAUGUUUGGAGAAGCCGUACAAGCCAUAAGGAUGAAUUUUUAUCCAGCAUGUCCAAGACCAGACCUUGUAUUAGGGUUAAGUCCUCAUUCAGAUGGGAGUGCACUUACAAUUUUACAACAAAACAAGGGAAGUUUUAUUGGACUUCAAGUGCUUAAAGAUAACAAAUGGGUGUCUAUUCAGCCUAUCCCCAAUGCUCUUGUGGUUAAUAUAGGAGAUACCCUUGAGGUGUUAACAAAUGGUAAAUAUAAGAGUGUGGAGCAUAGAGCAGUGACUAACAAGCAAAAAGAUAGGCUGUCGAUUGUUACGUUCUAUGCACCAAGUUACGAGAUUGAGCUUGGCCCAAUGUCCGAGUUUGUGAAUGAAACCAAUCCUCUCAAGUAUAGAAAUUACAUCCAUGGAGAUUAUAGUAAGCACUAUGUUAGCAAUAAGCUACAAGGCAAGAAAACUCUACUUGAGUUUGCCAAGCUUGGAACUUGAUACACGGUCUCGAGUUUCGUGUAAUAUGGUGAGUUGAAUACUCAUUUUAUGUAUGUGUGCUGAAUCAAGUCGACUAUUUUUAUGUUUUAUAUAUUACGAUUUAGUAUUGAUAUAGUUUUAAGUUAGCUGGUCUGAGCAUCCAUUAAUAUCUAUGUAGGCUCAUAUUUAAUAUCCCCUGCUAAUGUAGUUUUUUUAUAUUUAAAGGAGGAAUUAAAAAUUUGUUGAUAGUAUAA